GUCUCGUUCCGAACCAAAGCUUGUUCCCACAGUUCGUUGAAAAAUUCACUCUUUUUUCAUUUUUCGAUCACUUUAUCGUCCUCUCUGCAACUCAUCUUCGUUCUCUCUCCUUCCCAUUUCAUAUCCUUGUCAGUUCCGCCUUCUUCCCAUUUCAUUCGAUUAUUCAAAGCUCCCGGCAGUCGCGGAAACGAAGGUUGAAGUGGGUUUAUCUUUGAAUCUUUGACUGCGGCUUGCCUUAUCAUCUAAAUUAGCAGGCCAAGUCAUAAGUGGGGGGAAUCUCGUAGCUAGUGAUUUGUCUAAAGACACGCGUCUCUGAUGCAACCCCUGGCCUCCAACCCUCUCAUUCUGUGGAUGGUAGUUGGACAAUGCUUGGUAACAAUAUGUGGCCUGAAAGCCAGAGACAUGGAGUUCCCAUCCCCAAUUCAAAAAAUUAUAGUGUUGGACAAUCAGAUAAUAGUAGAGGAACUGGCAGCCAUACGUUGCCAGAAGCGCAUGGAUUGAACUUUACGCAAUCAAAUUUUAGGCCAGAGCUUGUUAGCAGGAAUUCUCCAAGCCAAAACUCAAAUGUCAAUAGCUACAUGCACGGAUAUCCGGGUUACCAAACAAACCGGAAUGAGACAAAUUUCUUAGGAGUAGAUUCUGAAACUGAUGGCCACAAUAUGAAUUCAAGAGGUUCUUCUUUCUAUGAAUUGCAGCAAGGACCUGCUCCUGGACAUAACUUAUCUCUAGAUAGUUCAGAACCAUCUGAUUCUCCUGUUAGUUUUGAUUUUAUGGGUGGCCAGCAACAAAUGAGUGGCCAUAAUACGGGCACCUUGCAACCUUUUUCUCGGCAAAACACAUUGAGUGAUAUGCACCUUCUGCAACAAGAAGUUAUGUUCAGGAAGAUGCAAGAACUCCAGAGGCAGCAGCAAAUUCAGCAAGUAGAAGCAAGACAACAUCAAAUUCAGCAAGUAGAAGCAAGGCAGCAGCAAAUCCAGCAUGUAGAAGCAAGGCAGCAAUUAAUGAGUCAGAUCCCAUUUGGUGGCAGACAAGCAUCCGGUAAUCAUUCACCUGCCAUCUCAAAUGGAAAUCCAAUUUCUCAAGUAAAUGAAGUACUGAAUCAUCAUUGGUCUGGUGAACUUGCUUCAGCUAAUGGAAGUUGGAUGCAUCGUGAUGCUGCAACUAUUCAAGGAUCCCCUAGUGGACAUAAAUUUUCUCCUGAACAAGGCCAGGCAUUGAACUUCAUGGGGCUGGUUCCUUCUCAUGUUGAUGAAUCUCUUUACGGGGUUCCAAUUUCUAGUACAAGGAUCGAUUCAAACCAAGAUUCUCAGACCUCACUUAAUAAAAGUUCUACACAUAAAAUGAUGACCUCAAGUAAUCACUUUCACAGUAAUAAAUUUUCUGGAUUCCAGGUGGAAAAUAGCAAUAGGGAUGAGAAUUCCAUUUAUAGACAUGAUGAUCGAGAGGAAAAUAUAUUUUCUCAUGCGCCUAGAAGAAGUGUGGAGAAUGUUAAUCAAGUGGGCAUCCUUCAAAGGAAUGCAUUUUUGUCCAAUGCGCAUGAAAGACAUGAGCUAGCUGAUCCUGCAAAAACGUUACAAGAGAAAAUGGUAUUGCAGUCCACUUCCCAUACACCAGCUGGUCUGGAUCCUGAUGAAGAAAGAAUCUUGUAUGGUGAUGGUAAUAUAUGGGAUGCAUUAGGAGACGGCCCCAGUGCUGGUGCUGAAGGAUCUAGUUUGUUACAUGGCACGGGAUUCUCAAAUGCCCUACCAUCUCUCCAAAGUGGGAGUUGGAGUGCCUUAAUGCAGUCUGCCGUUGCAGAAACCUCCAGCAGUGAUGUAGGGUUUCGGGAAGAAACUAAUGGUCCACAUUUUCCGUAUUCUGAGAUUCAAGAUGGUAACAACCAAAUAUAUGAAGCUAAUGCUAAGCAGGAAAGUAUAUUAGGUGAGAAUAAGUCAAAUAUGUCAUCAACUAUGCAUUCCCGCUCCGGUUCCUUAUAUGAUGGUGUGAAUUUAAACAAUAAUUGUGGUGUUGCCACGGGAUCUCAACAAUCUGGAUCUAGAAUGUCAUAUCAACAAGGCAACAAGCUUCAGGAUUCUUUCAAUAAAUCCUUCAAACACUCCCAUGAAGAAAGAAAUGAAUCUUUAAAUGGCGUCUCUUUACAAAAAGCAGUUGCGGAGGAAAGUCAGGUUUAUGGAAAUGCUGCUCAUUCUGGGGUCUCAGAGAUGGGUGUGAAGAAUACCUCUAUGCCUUGUGCUCUUCCAGAUUCAUACAUUGGCAUGGGACAACCUUCGUGUAAGCCAAAUGGUCGAGAUCUAAACGAGUCCGGGCCUUUGAAUGGAGAUCUAGUGCAAGUUCAUGGGAAUGCAUCUUCAUUGAAACUUCCAGAAAGUAAUGAUCAGACAAGGUCGAGGUACCAAGAAAUGGGUCAUCCUGGUGGUUUGUGGAGACCUAAUGCUAUUUCAAAUUCACAUGGAAGACUAGCCUCUAGUUCACUGGCUGGUGGAGGAAAUCCAAAGCUGAGUAACAUUGCUGGAAUGUCAAAUCCUGAUAAUCUGCAGGUCAGUCAAGACAUUAACCAAACUCUUCCCCAUACUGAUAAUUUUGCUUACUGGAAGCAAGCUGAUUCAUCAAUGAGGAAGAAUGUGAAUGAAGGUCAAGUGAAAUCUAAUAGUGGUCCUAAUGAGAGCCCUCAAGUACUGGAAUCGUAUAACUCCAAUAAAGCUGGUAUUAAAGUGCAUGAGAAGGAGAAUGAUGGAGAUGAAAAUUCUUUUGAGGGCAAUCAGUCAAAUAAAUCUCACCAUACUUUUUCGGGUGGUUUGAAUGACAUUGCUCGUUCAGAUGUUGAUUCUAGGGCUUUUUCUGGAGCCAAUCAAAAGAUGUCUGGUUCGGCAGGUAGAAAACCUCCUGUUCGCAGGUUUCAGUACCAUCCCAUGGGAAAUUUGAAUGAUGAAAUGGAUCCUUCACAUGGAGGAGGGCAUGCUAAUCAUCCACACAUUGCAUCUGAGCAGAUUAGUCAAGGAUUGCUUGGUCAAAACCAAGGGCAUCGCGGGCAGUCGAGAGUGUCUGGUCAAGUCACUAAAAACAAUUUUGAGACAGAUAAGGGGUAUUUGCCUACUGAUUCUCAAGGAAAAAGAAAAAGGGAAGAGAAGGGGACUUAUCCUGGUAGUUCACUCAAAAGUUCUGCUCUUAGUGUUCCCACUAGUAGUACUUCUUCCCAAAAUAAGGGUCUCCAGUCGAGUCAACAUAUGCUUGAGCUUAUUCAGAAAGUGGAUCAGCCGAAAGAUAACAACUUGUUACAUUUGAGGUCUUCUCAAAUAAAGUCGUCUAGUACACCGGAAGAUGAAAUUUCUGAUGGAUCUGAAGGUCAAAUUCAGCAAAACAGAUCGUUUGCUUCUCGAGGUUUUGGUUUGCAACUCGGACCGCCUUCACAGGGACAGCUACAACCCAAUGAAUUGGCUCCUCCUCAGGACCCUAGGAAGAUGGUCAGUUCACUGAGUGCAACUCGUAUUACUCAAGAGGGAUAUGGACUGAAGCAGACAGGUGGUUUGCUGAACCAGAUCAUACCUGGCAUCAACAUGCGUGCGACAGCUGCGACUACAUCUUUAGAUGGUCAUUCCUUGCAAUUUAAGCGGAUUGAUGAGUCUAGUAGUGGAGUUCAUACUGAUGCAUCUUCAUCAGCGUCAUUUUCUCAUAAUGCUGGCAUGAUUUCACCUGAUAAUGCUCUCUCAUUGGCAGAUGCAUCUCAACUGACUAGAACCAGACAUUCUCAUGAACAAUUCGUAUCUCAGGGUUCUGGAGGGAAUAUUUUGCCCUCAAUUGGGUCUGUUGUUGCUUCAAACCAAUCUAAACAUACAGGCUUCCCAAAAUUAGUUCCUAAUGAAUGGGUCAAUGUUCCACGGCCUAAUGCCUCAAGGGUUUUCCAGCCAGGUACUCUCAGUGGUGAUGCAACACCAACUUCAUCUUCUUCACAGCAUAUGGAGGAGAAAGAUGCAGAAAAAGCAGGGAGGGGUUCAUCAAAUGUGAAUUCCCCAGGAUUGGUUCAAGAAGAGACACAAGUCCGAGAAAGGGUUGUUGAUCAGCGAGCUGGGUCUGUUGACAGUGAUCUGACUGGAAAGGUAACUGCAACUCAAGUGAAAGAAGUUGGAGCUUUUAUGCAUUCUAGUUCUAAUCAGAGAGAUAUUGAAGCAUUUGGCCGCACUUUGAUAAGUCAAAAUUAUUCUUUACUUCAUCAAGUUAAGGCCAUGAAGAAUCCAGAGAUGAACUUGUGUGACGGAGAUUUGAACAGAUUGAAAAUGCCAGACAAUGCCUUGAUCCCCCAGAAGAUAGCUCAAUUUAGUGAAUCAAGUACAUCCACCUUUGAUAGAUUAAAUCUUAAUGCAGUUACAUCCAAUGAUUCUAAAAUGCUAAAAUUUUCAGGGCCAAUGGAUAAAGGGGAGAGAAAUGUACCUUCUCAGGCUGAGCUUGGGCUUGACUCAAGGAUUCCUAAUCAUUAUUAUCAGAUUAGUCCUCAGAUGGCACCUUCCUGGUUUAAUAAGUUUGGAACAAUGAAUAAUGGGCAGGUAUUACCUGCCCAUGAUGAUGCUCGAAACGCAAGCACCUUGAAGACAACGGAUCAGGCAAUAACUCUUGGGAUGUCUUACAGUAUACAUUCACCGCUUCUAUCCAAACAAGUCGAUGCCAUGGCUGAGCCUAGUCAGGUUGUCAAUAUCUUGGGAAGUUCAACAAGCAAUUCUCUUCCUACUGAAUCGUCUUUGCAAAUGUUACCCCAAGGUAUUAUUGAUACACCUUUGCCUGUUGUGAGACAAAAGAAGCGGAAGACUGCCACAUCAGAGCUUCUUCCUUGGCACAAGGAAUUAAGUCAGGGUCCUCAAAACAUACCUUCUAUAAGUAUUGCGGAGGAAAAAUGGGCUAAAGCCGCAAACCGCUUGAUAGACAAGGUGGACGAAGAUGCUGAAAACGAAGAUGUUCGAGGCACAAAGAGGCUUAAAAGACGACUUAUCUUGACUACCCAGCUCAUGCAGCAAUUAUUCUACCCUCCCUCAUCUGUUCAUCUAUCUGCAGAUGCCAGUUCAAGCUACCACAGUGUUUGUUACUCUGCAGCUCGUUUAACACUAGGGGAUGCUUGCAGCUUAUCAUGCUUAGGAAGUGAUGAUGAUGCCACACUUGCCAAUGAAAGCAUCUUGUUGGAUAAGCACAAGAAUUUGAGGGGAAGGAACAGGGAACAUUUAUCAACGGACAUUGAAGUCUUCCUUAAUAGAGCACAGAAACUGGAAAUCGAAUUCACAAGAUUGGACAAAAGAGUGUCAGUAUUGGAUUCAAGACUAGAAUGCCAAGAUCUGGAGAAGUUUUCAGUAAUAAAUCGUUUUGCGAAGUUUCAUAACCGAGGACAAUCAUCUGAUGGAGGGGCGGAUGGAAGCAACUCUCAGCAGAGACUGUACCCACAAAGAUAUGUUACUGCACUCCCAAUGCCAUCCAAUGUCCCUGAUAUGGUACAAUGCCUGUCACUUUGAUCAUCAUCGUCAUUAUAAUUUAUUAUUAAAUUCAAUUUGUUCCCUUUGGUUUCCCUAUAAUAGCCUCGAUUUGUCAAGGGUUGGUUAUCUGAUAUGAAAUCUUAGAGAGGCUAUCUAAGGUGUCUUCAUCUCUUCUCUAGGGGGUCAAAUGGUCAUUAUUCUUUAGAAGUAGUACAUUUCAAUGAGAAUUUGAAAGGUAUCUGGAUAGUAAAGUGCAUCCCCUAUCAUUUUUUUGGAGUAUUUUUGGGGUAAAAUUAUUAGACAAGUUAUAUGUGGAUAGAUAUAUCAGUGAUUCUCUAAUGUCUAUAUACCUCUAUUUCACAAUCAUGCUCUUUACAAAGUGUCUGAAUUGCCAAAUUAUCUAAUUUUUCUUCUUUUUUACGUGUAAAGUGUAUUUUGGUC